AUGUCUGUCUUUGUUUUCCCCUUCUCUCUCUCUGCCUGUGUGUUGCUCUCUCUCUCUCUCUGCCUCCCUGCCUGUCCUCCCGCCCUGCUCCUUAGUCCCUGUGUGUGUAUAUACCUGGUGUUUCUGUCUUGUCUUUGUUGGUUCAUUACUUUCUAUGUGCGUUAUGAUCCCUUGUUGUCUGCCUACUCGUCAUGUUUCCCUGCACCAUUGGAUUCCUAUUUCUGUUUGGACAGCUUUUGUGUUUCUGGACUUUGUCAUCAGCCACUCAGUUUUUGGAUAUUUCCCCCGUUGCAGUGCACAAGAUCUUCCCUGCACCAUCACCCAGGAUGCUGGACAGACACGUUACAGUGUCCCACAGUUCAAGACAACCAACUGCUAUUAUUGGUGGACCAACAGCACUAAACACAUGCUGGCAAAUCACAAGGGGAAAAGUGGUGAGGUGGUGAUGAAGAGCAACUGGAGUCUUCUUAUCAGUGGCUGCUCAGAGAGCAUCCACUAUGAGCGAGAUUGUGUUUCUGAGAUACCACGCAAGGCAAACUGCAUCACCAACUGCAGUCCAAGUGCUGUGCUUCAGAAUGGGGGAGGGAUUUCCCGGAACCACUGGGUUACUGUUUCUUUUGUCACCAUCCUGUUGCUGCUGCUGGUGGUGGGGAUUCUCCUGUACAGCUUCAAGAAUUCUAUUUGCAGGAAGAUGCAGAAAAGAUUUAAUGCUGGUGUGAAGGUGCAGAACAAUCCCCCCAACACGGCCGAGGAGGAGGAACAGCGUGUGUAGAAAAGCUACUUCUAUAUUUUUCCAUAUUCAUGCUGAAGCUUUUUGUGGUGUUUCCCCAUCUUUUUUCAUUACCACAUUAUCUCUAUCUGAGUUGCCUUAUACAUUCAUGCUAGUUCAGGUUAUGUUACAGUGAUGAAAGAAUUGGGUUUUAGGUGGCAAAAUAACAUAGCCGAUUAGUUUUUAAUGAGGUUCCUACAAUCCAUGUGACUCUCCUUCAUCCGGUAUUACCAUCAUGUGAACAUGCCAAUGCUGCCAAAAGUUCCAGGGAAAACUUUAUUUCAUAUAAUAAUCAUCAGCUAUCCAUGAAUUUAAUCAGUAGAUGAGAAUCAUGUCUGUAUAGUUUAACUAUCUAAAUUGUGGUGCAAUCAGUUUGGACUAAAGCAAACACUUACAAGACAUUAUUGUGUUUUAAACUGGCCCGUAAGGAAUUUAAAUUUUAUUUCACUAAUUGUAAUAACAUAGAAUUAAAUACAUAGACACGAAAAUGUCCAUGCCGUAAUUUUUAUUUCUCACUAUACCAUGAAACUGGUAUACAACUGCAACCCUACCGCAGAUGGUUUGGCAGUUUUGGCCAUGUGUUUGAUUAGUGUCAUGUCUAGUGGGAAUUGGCUUUAAGAAUUUUUCCUGUGUCCCUCCUUUUGCUACUGUAGGAUCAAAGAGAUAAGACUGCCACCAAACAAAUCUCUUACAGUAGCAGCAUAUUCACCAAGAGCUGACUACUCCUGUAAAACAUCUUCCUGUUUGUCCUGAAACAUCCAGAGCAACAAGCUCAGCCACAGACCCAUAGACAACCAUUUGAUCCUUUUCAAACAGCAAGGCCCAUCUCUGAUUUCCUUUAUAAUCAACACAGCAACAUUUUGGUCCACUAUCAAGUUUGUUGUGAAAACAAAGCACAAACUCUAUUUCAACAUUUCCAACCAUGAUAAUAGUUGCACAGCCAGUAGUCUUGAGGCUGUGGAAGCUGACAGACUCACUGCGGCACCAGUGUGUGCACUUUGAGGACCAAUGCCCAGUAGCAAUGCAGUAGAUUUUCCCCUGCAGCCUGUAUCAGGAAGCAAGUUAAAAAAACUUCAGUGAGCUUAACAUUGGUGGCUCUACAUCAUUCACAAAGCUGGGUAUCAACAUGUUGUAGUAGUUAUGGGUUUAUCUGUCCAGUUGAGUUUUUAAUUACAAGAAACACCAUCUGAAUCAAGGAGUACUUGAGAUUAUGAGAUGAAACUGAUUCUUACAGUGGCAGCAACAAGUGAUUUGCCUAUUAAACAAAUUAAUAAUCACACUAGCUUUAGAGAAACUAGAAAUAAUCGCAUAUUAAAAUAAGAAUUAAAUAUAAAUAUUAAGAAUUAUAUAUAUAAAUAUUUGGUCAUCUUUCUGAGUGUUGUCUCAUAGUAUGAAUGACCUAUAAACUGUUAUCAAAAUGUGACACAAAGUUAAAAGUAGCUAAUGUUUCUGUCUUAUGGGAUCUACACGACCAUCACAAAGUUGCCUUGUGUUAGUGUGAGUCGAGGUGACCAUAGUGUGACAUAACAGUCAUGUAAAAGCUAUUGACACUGUCAGGAAUCCUGUUGGGAACAAAUUAAACUAUUUAACAUGCAGUAAAUGUAUCAAAUACAUACGGGAACAUUUGAUUUGAUCGUAAAAGAUAGCUGGCAAACCUACUAAUCCCGCUUCAUUAUAGGCUCCAGGUCUACUCGCCUUAGCUGUGGAAGCUAUUAAACUUGUAAUGGAGCACCAGGGUGUGUGCUUUCAGUGUCCUGUAGCAUCACCACCACCCCUCUUACCUGGACAUUAAGCCUUAACAAACCUUAAUUACUCCAAUUUGUACUUCUAUCUUACUGUGUAUUCAUAACAAUGUAUUGGGUUAACUUGCUGUUAACUGCCUUAUGAAAUUUAUAUUAACAUCACUGUAUCAUGAUGCUGUUUCAUUGUAAUUUGCUUUUGUUAUAAAGAAAAGAUUAAAUUGCUAUUU